AUGACUGACAUUUCUACCCCCCUUUCAUUCACCUCUAAAGGAGCCACCAAAGACAUGGGGAAAAUGUUGGGUGGGGAAGAGGCUGAGAAGGACCCUGAUGCGGAGAAAAAGGAGGAGGAAAGACAAGAGGCACUUCGACAACAGGAGGAGGAGAGGAAGGCAAAAUAUGCAAAAAUGGAAUCGGAGAGAGAAAACGUCCGACAGGGCAUCAGGGAUAAGUACGGCAUCAAGAAGAAGGAGGAGAAGGAAGCCGAGGCCCAGGCUGCUUUGGAUCAGGCAGCAGAGGGGAGUCUUACCCGCCCCAAGAAGGCCGUCCCAGCCGGCUGUGGUGAUGAGGAGGAGGAAGAGGAAAGUAUCAUGGACACGGUCAUGAAAUUCCUCCCUGGUCCAUUUAUGGAUAUGUUCAAUAAAAAGUAA